AUGCGCUGGCGACCCGUCACACCCUUGGCCUUUCCGCACGCCCUUAGUAAGGAUGACUGGGUGAAUGACUACUUCCUCCCAAAAGGAGCCACCGUCUCUCUGAACGUCGGGUGCCUACAUCAUGACGAAAAUGUCUUUCCAAACCCCGACCAGUUUGACCCUUCGCGGUUUGAGGGCCGGCAUAAGCUGGCAUUUGACUAUGCCGCUUCUUCCGAGUACAUGCAGCGUGAUCAUUAUGUCUACGGUGCCGGACGACGUCUGUGUCCAGGGAUCCAUCUGUCCGAACGUAGCAUGUUCCUUGGUGCUGCAAGGCUUCUUUGGGCAUUCAAUUUCGAGCCGGCGCAGGAUGAAAAGGGCAAUCCCAUCCCCAUGGACACAGACCCGACCACCGGCUACACCGAAGGUUUCCUUGUCUGCCCGCGACUAUAUAAAUGCAUUGUUGCGCCGCGAUUAGCUACUCAUACAGAUACAGUUCUUAGAGAAUUUGCCCGGGCCGAAUCCGACGUUCUCUCUCAAUAUGCGAAUCCAUAG